UCAAGGACCCAGAUCGGUCCAAAACGGACUAUAAAGAAACCCAGAAAAACCCUAAGCCCCGUCUCUCCAUCUACCCCCCUUGCAUCUUCCAUUUUUCCCCUCCCUGCUGUCAGCCGCGCCCUAGCAAAUAUGCCUUUCAAGCGGUACGUGGAGGUCGGGCGAGUCGCUCUCGUCAACUACGGAAAAGACUACGGCAGGCUCGUCGUCAUAGUCGACGUCAUUGAUCAGAAUCGGGCCCUUGUGGACGCACCUGAUAUGGUGAGAUGCCAAAUGAACUUUAAGAGGCUUUCACUCACAGAUAUCAAAAUUGACAUCAAAAGGGUGCCUAAGAAAAAAACAUUGAUUGAAGCAAUGACUGCUGCAGAUGUUAAGAACAAGUGGGAGAAUAGCUCCUGGGGCAGAAAGCUGAUUGUGCAGAAGAGGAGAGCAUCUCUUAAUGACUUUGAUAGGUUCAAGAUCAUGUUGGCAAAGAUCAAGAGGGGUGGAGUGAUCAGGCAAGAGCUUGCAAAGCUGAAAAAACAGACUGCAUCCUAGGCGCUAAUUUUCGAUGGAAUUCCAAUUUUGUUAUGCAUUUUCUGCAACUUGGAUUGUUUUAUCUUUAUUAGUUUUAAAGCUUGAAAUCAGCUUAUGAAAAACUUCUUGCGUCUUAUUAAAGACAAGUAAUCAGUGUUGUUUUUUUGUUA